UGAUUGUAUCGAUUUGAAUGUUUAACAGGUUUGAUAAAGCGACUGGGCGAUAGUUUCUUGCAGACAAAUUCGGAAUUUUAGAAGAUUGUUUGUUAAUGGUAAUGAGAUGUCUUUAAGAAUUCGACAGAUAUUGAUAUUUUGUUUAGGAUGGCUAGCUUAUGCCUCAACUUAUCUUCUGCGCAAACCAUUGGGUGUGAUAAAAGCAGAUUUGGAAUCAGGAUUAAGUAUGUCAAAAACACAAUUGGGUUGGUUAGAUACAGCUUUGUUACUUCCAUAUGCUGUUAUGCAGAUGCUCUUAGGACAUAUCGGAGAUAGAUUUGGAGCUAGGUAUACCCUGGGAAUAUCAUUAUUAUGUGCAGGUUUUUCAAUGAUUACUUUUGGAACCUGGAGUUCAUUUCCUGUGUUUAGUUUGCUGUUAUUUAUUAAUGGAGCAGCCCAGUCACAAUGCUGGCCAAAUUGUACCAAAAUUUUAUUGUCAUGGUUCUCUGAUAGUAUAAGAAAUUCGGUAUUUGGAAUGUAUGGUACUUGUGCAUUUUCUGGUGGUAUCAUAGGAACAGUAUCAGCUGUUUAUUUUCAAUCUACUUAUGGUUGGAGAUUUGUAUUUAUAGCCCCAUCUAUAAUCGCAAUAGUUCUUGGUUUAUUAGUUUUAUUGUUUUAUAAAGAGGCUUCAGAAGCACACAUAUCAAUUCCUGGAAAUGAAUCAUCUCGAAAGAGUAUGCAAGGUAGUGGUGAAAUUGAUAAAACUGAGAUGCCAUCUAUAAUAGGCAUGUGGAGAAUGCCUAUGGUAGCAGAAGUAGCUAUUGCAGUAUUUUGUGUAAAAGUUGUCAGAUAUUGUAUGUAUAUGUGGUUACCACUUUAUUUAUUACGACAGUUGAACUAUACUAAAACCCAGGCUGGUAUAUUUUCUACAGUAUUUGAUGUAGGAGGUGUAGCAGGGAGUGCUGCAAUAGGUUUCUUUAUAGAUAGAUUUUUUCCUGGUCGUUCAAUAAUGGGCAAUGCAUUAUCAAUAUUUUUUUCAACAAUAUUUUUGAUACUAUUUAAUUUAACAUGUACAUGGGGUAUAGCCCUCAAUUGUAUCUUCAUGUUUUUUACUGGUGCCUUUUGCUCUGGUCCUGAUGUGUUACUGGGAGGUUCUAUAGCAGCAGAAAUUGGUGAAUUAACAAAUAAAAAAGCUGCUGUUGCUACUGUUGGUCUUAUCAAUGGUUUCGGCAGUGUAGGUACUUUUAUAGAGGGACCUGUAAUAGGUUUUGUGGCAACACAUUUUGGCUGGUCUGGAAUGUUCUAUUUUAUGAUUCUGUUGUGUUUUUGUGGUGCAGUAGUGACAUACAGAGCUGGCAGAAUACAUGCUAUUAUGUUAGCUAAAACCCCAAAUAUUGUUCCCCAAGUGUGAAGACCUUGCAUUUAGUGUGUUCUAUUCAUGAUUUAUCUAUUAUUAUAUUAAGUGUAGCAUUAUUUUGUUAUGGUUCCUUAAAAAAUUAAACUGGGUGCCAGCUUUUAAAAUUCCAAAAUUGUUAAAAAAAUCAUGCCUGAAAACUACAAAAUAUUCCAAUUUCAUAAAAUUAAAAACCUUAUAACCAUGCUCAGACAAUAAGAGUAAGAACUUUUACUUAUUUUUUUUCCCAACACACACUGACUAUUUAUAUCUGAUCUUUAAAUGAAUCUGUUAGUAUUUGUUCUUUCAAAGGUCUAACCUUUUGAUAAUUCUGUUAGUUGUUGUGUUCCUUCAAAAGUCUCCCCUGUAAAUAAAUCUGUUAGUUAUUGUGUUUUUCAAACGUCUCACCUUUAAAUGAAUCGGUUAGUAAUUG